UUCGGCAAGCAGGGAUCCCAGGACGAGUCUCAGGCCCGCGCCGGAGCGCUUCCUCCUAGGCAGGGCGGUGGGGUGUAAGGGGAAGAGGCCGAAACCCGGGGUUAAUAGAGCGGUUCCUGAACAGGACCUAGAGAGAGGCGAAUCAGUUGCGCAAGCGGGCUUGGAAGCUACUUUCUCGUGUCCCUAAACGCCGCCUUACUGCCGCUCCAGGGGUCAGAGUCUAGGGGAGGUCCCUUCCAAGUUGAGGCAAAGGCGGAAGGUACAGAUUCCACUGCUGAAGGUGGGACGCGGGCGGGGCCUACUCGAGGCGGUUCUCCUUUCCGCUCACCCUCCUGCCGGAUACCGGCCCCAGGACACAUCGGGAGGCCUUGCUGCCUACAUCGCGAUAACUCCCCGACGCUCCUUCUGGUGUCCCUUAGAGCAUGGGAGGCUGCUGAGCUUGAGUGGCAGGGUCCAGUAGGAGCUGCGAGUUUCAGCCCUUGGCAGGGAGGGCAUCCAUGGCUGCAGCCAACAAGGGCAGCAAGCCCAGAGUCCGGAGCAUCCGCUUUGCGGCAGGCCACGAUGCAGAAGGCUCCCAGAGCCAUGUCCACUUUGAUGAGAAGCUGCAUGACUCGGUGGUCAUGGUCACCCAGGAGAGUGACAGCAGCUUUCUGGUCAAGGUUGGCUUCCUGAAGAUCCUGCACAGGUAUGAGAUUACCUUCACUUUGCCCUCGGUGCAGAGGCUGAGCAAGGACAUCCGAGAGGCGCCUGUCCCCAGCCUGCACCUCAAGCUCCUCAGCGUCGUGCCUGCCCCGGAAGGUUACAGCAUCAAGUGCGAGUACACGGCGCACAAGGAGGGCGUCCUCAAGGAGGAGAUGCUGCUCGCCUGCGAAGGUGGCGCCGGCGCCUGUGUGCGAGUGGUGGUGCAGGCACGCGUCAUGGACCGGCACCAUGGCACGCCCAUGCUGCUGGACGGCGUCAAGUGUGUGGGCGCUGAGCUAGAAUACGACUCGGAGCACAGCGACUGGCACGGCUUCGACUGAGGCCCAUGCCCCGGCCCACCUUGGGGCCCCUCAGCCUUAAUCUCCACCUCUUCUCCCCCAUGCUGCAUGACGGUGUGGCUUCCUCAUCCCUCCCCAGGGUGGGCGUGGGGGGCUGUCCCGGGGCCUCCAGGCUGGGGCCUCCCCACGCCUCACCUCUGUCUCCAUUGUUAUCACCUUCCUGCCCCUCCUGCAUCCUCCUCUUCCUGCUUCUUCCUCUCCAUGUGCCUCAGUCUCCUGCAGGAAGAAAUGGGUUGAGCCCCCAAGGAGCUGUCUGAGGAGGGGGCAGGGGAGGGAAGGACCUGGGGUGGGUAAACCACCCCACACUGCAAGCCAUAGGAGCUCCAGCCAGGGCCUGGGAGAGGGGGGAACUGGCGCUCUGAUGUCAUCGCCCCAUUGCUGCUGCUGCUGUCUCAUCUAAGCCACCUCCUGUCCCCCCACCCCCAACUGCUGUCCAUGGUGAACUGGAGGGAGGUACAGGUCUCAGCCCCUACCCCCAGGUGUGUGUGACUUGGUUUUUAAACAACUGGUUGGGAUAAAAACUUAAAUAAAACUUUCAGUGGA